AUGACCGAACCAACUUCACCAAUUGAGAACAGUCUCGCAUCAGAGACUGCGUCGUCCGCUCCCACCACUCAACCCUCGACCGCGGAGAGUAGUGCAUUCGAGCGUGUUCAUCUUCCCCGCAUUGCGAUCAAGUUCUGUACGCAAUGUCGAUGGAUGCUGCGGGCUGCAUAUUUUGCCCAAGAAUUGCUCUCCACGUUUAGCACAGACCUUGGCGAGGUUGCCCUGGUCCCAAUGACUGGUGGCGUCUUCACGGUGACCAUCUGGCAUGCAGCAGAGACAUCGGCCUCGGGAGAAGUUACGACACAAGAGUCGCUUCUCUGGGAUCGGAAGCGGGAUGGCGGAUUUCCCGGUAUGUAUAGGAUGUUUGAAGUCUUCUGGAUUAUCUUCCGCUCCUUGGGGAGCUAUACAAUGACUGACAAUUAUAUGAACGUAGAAGUGAAAGCUCUCAAAUCUCUCGUUCGGAACAUAAUUGCCCCAAAUCGGGACUUGGGACAUACAGAUCGAGCAUUGAAGAAGGAAGAGGAGAAGAGAAUCGAGAAGGAGGCUCAAGGCAAGCAGCAAAAAGAUUGCGAAGACUGCUCCUAA